AUGGCAAAAAAAAGUAUAGCGUGGAAGUUCUUUGAUAUAAGCACGACUCCUCAUAUGAGUAAGUACAAACUAUGUGAUUGUUUAAUUACGAGAGGAGGAAAAUCUUUCAAGUCUUAUGGAACUACAGCAAUGGUAAAACAUUUGCGUUUAAAGCAUUCCAAAGAGUUUGAACUUGCGGAAGAAAAAAAAAAGGUUCAAUCGUUGCCGCCUAUUUCUGAAGCCUCAGUUGCUUCUACCACCAAUAUAGUACAAAGUAACAUUAUUCAGGCUUUACAAAAAAAAAAACAGUGGAAUAUUGAUGACCACAGAUCUAUUCGAAUCCAUAAAAUAAUAGGAAAACCUAUUACAUUGGAUAUUCAGCCAUUUUCUAUUGUUGAAGAUACGGGGUUUAAUGAACUGAUUAAAGAUGCUUACCCCAAUUACAAAUUACCAUGUAGAACAUAUUUCAGCCAAAACGUAAUCCCUAGCAUGUAUGAUGAACUUUUUAAAGAUAUAAAAAUAAAAAUCUCCGCGGCAAACUAUUUGUCUCUGACGACAGAUAUUUGGACAGCAGAUACUGCAAAAAUCGCAUUUUUAAGCAUUACUGGACAUUGGAUAGAUCUAACUAAAUUUUCCCAAGAAACUGCUGUUCUUCGAGUAAUUCAUUUUCCCGAAAAGCACACAGGUGUUCAUAUAAAAGAGUAUUUACAAAAAAGUUUAGAAACUUUUGAAAUCCCGUUAAGCAAAAUUCAUCUUAUUGUUACCGAUAAUGCAAGCAAUAUGAAGGCUGCAGUAAAAAACAGUGGAAUGUCAUCAAUUCCAUGCUUUAUCCAUACUUUGCAGCUAUGUAUUCAUGACUCUAUAUUUAGCCAAGAAAUCAUCAAGGAAAUUUUAACUUUAUGCAGAGGAAUAACGACACAUUUUAAUCAUUCACCAAUAGCAUGUGCAAAAUUAAAAUCAAUUCAGCAGCAGUUAAGUACUGUACCUCACAAAAUGAAACAAGAUGUUCCAACUCGCUGGAACAGUUCAUUUGAAAUGCUACAAAGAACGUUUGAACAAAAAGUUCCUUUGGCCACCUAUGCAGCAGAAUAUGAUGAAAUUAAACUUCCUACUAACUAUCAAUGGGGAAUAGUCGAAAAACUUGUUCACAUUCUUGCUCCAUUUGAAAACUUAACAAAAAAAUGUGGUAGGAGGGACGAAACUUGCGCACAAAUUAUACCAUCUGUUCUUGCAUUAAAAGUUUUAUUACAAAAAGCUUCAUCAAGUGAUAUAUACGCUGGGAUUAUGACGAUGAUUGAUGAACUAAUAAAAUCUGUUACUAAAAGACUUGAUAAAUUUUUGCUUAAUAAAAUGUUAUGUGUAUCAACAUUUUUGGAUCCACGAUAUAAAUUACUUUAUCAACAUGCAGAUGAAAAUGUUAUUAAGGAGUGGGUUGAAGAAGCAUGA